GGCUGCUUCAGUAUCCGUUGACUUCCAGGGUUUAAGGAAUCGUUGCUCUUUCUAACAGAAGGACUACACUCUUAAGCUCUACACAGUAACGCCCAGAGAGGCUGGGCCGAACCCACCCCCAACCCUCAUUAGAAACAGCUCAGACACUCAGACGGAGAGGGGAGAAGCCUGAGUCUGAAUCAUGUCCCUCGGCUCACGGUCGCGUUUCUGGAGAUCAGCGAUUCUCAUUCUUCGCCUCCUGGAUCUAAGGAGCAGAGGUCUGGCGUCUGGAGGAUCCGAGUGGACCUACACUGGAGAUCAUGGGGAAGAUCAUUGGGAAUCCACCUAUCCAGAAUGUGGGAAUCAUCAGCAGUCACCCAUUGACUUUCACACUGGCAUCUUUGAAUAUGAUCCAACUCUGGAACCUAUCCAGUUGCUCGGCUACAACCUAUCAGCAGCAGAGAAUUUCUCUUUAAUCAAUGACGGGCAUGCAGUAAAAAUGGCCUUGCCUCAAACCAUGCAAAUGAUCUGUGCAUCUCAUCGCUACACUGCUGUCCAACUCCAUUUGCACUGGGGGAGCGAAACUGAGACGCUGGGCUCUGAACACACCAUCAGUGGACGACAUUAUCCAUCAGAGUUACAUAUUGUCCACUAUAACUCUGAGAAAUACGGAGAUAUUUCCACAGCACAAGACAAGACUGAUGGGCUGGCUGUUCUGGGAAUUCUAAUUGAGAUUGGAUCCUUCAAUGCUGCUUAUGAACAGAUAUUUUCUCAUUUAACAGAAAUCCAGUUUAAAGGUAAAAAGAUCAAGAUGCCUGGUUUUAAUAUUAAUGAUCUUCUCCCUCGAGAGCUGGAUGAAUACUUUCGUUAUAAUGGCUCCUUGACCACCCCUCCAUGUUACCCCAGUGUGCUGUGGACAGUUUUCAGGAAACCUGUGCAAAUUUCUCGAGAGCAGCUGUCAGAGUUACAAAAAGACUUAUACUUCUCACGAAUGGAUGAAGCCAAUCAAACAGAAAUGGUGAACAAUUACAGACAUGUUCAGAAGCUUUGGGAGAGGGAAGUGUUCAUCUCAUUCCAUGAAGAUACUCUAAAUGCAGAACAUAAGCUGACGUUCGGUGUAAUCCUGACCAUUGCCUUGGGUUGUUUGCUGUGUGUUAUGGUUGCUUCAGCUCUGACCGUUUUCUUCCUACGGAAAAGAGCUGAUAAAACAACUGAAAAUAAUGGAGUUACUUACAAGCUGGCGACCAGCAAAGAAGAUGAGCUUUCACAAGCAUGAAUCACAAACUUGAUUAAAUAUAUUCUGGAAAUAGUUUAGUGGUGAUGGUCAGUACAGACAACUGAGGAUAUAGCAGCAGCGAUUUGAAUUGAUUUAUAAUUUGAUUUAUUUUGUCACAUUGUUUCUAGAUCAAGUGAAAUGUUUUGUAUUACAUGCAGUAGGGUGAUAGAACAGAACAAGGAGUACAAUGCUAUGACCGCAGAGAAGGUUCAUCAAGACCGAAGUCAACAUUAAAUUUGAAAGGUCCUUUCAGAAGUCUAAAAACUGCAGCAAAUAUGUUAUUCUUGGAUUUGUUGGUCAACGCUUUUAACAUUUUGUAUCAUCUGCCCAAUGGAAGAGGUUGGAGAGAUUGUAACUGGAUUGGAAGCGGUCUUUGAUUAUGUUGGCUACCUUUUCAAGACAGCAAAAGGUAUAUAGGGAGUCAAUGGUUGGAAGUUUGGCUUGUGUGAUGGACUGGGCUAUGUUCACAACUGAGCAGAGUAUUUGCCAUAACAAGCUGUGAUGCAUUGGGAUAGAGUGCGUUCUGUGGUGCAUCUAUAAUAAUUGCUAAGAGUCUUCAUAGACAUGCAGAAUUUCUUUAGCCCCCUGAGGAAGUUGAGGCAUUGUUGUAUUUUCUUGACCAUUGCAUCAACGUGAGUGGACCAGGACAGAAUGUUAGUUAUAGUCAUCCUGGGAACUAUCUCCACCUCAGCUCCAUUGAUGUGGAGGACAUGCCCUCAACUUUACUUCCUGUAGUUAAUGACCAGUUCUUUCGUUUUGCUGACGUUAUCUUUACACCAUGCUACCAAACCCUCUAUCUUUUUCCUGUAUUCCGUCUCAUCAUAGAAUCCCUGAAGUGUGGAAGCAAGCCCAUUUAGCCCACACCCACCCUCCAAAAAACACCCCACCCAAACCCUGCCCCAGCCCCUGCCCUAGCCCCUGCCCUAUCCUUGGAACCCCACAUUUUUCAUGACUAAUUCACCUAAAUGUGCAUAUCCCUGGACACUAUGGGCAAUUUAGCAUGAUCAAGCCACCUAACCUGCACAUCUUUGGAUUGUGGGAGGAAACUAGAAAACCCAGAGGAAACCCACACAGAUACAGGGAGAACGUGCAAAUUCUGCACAGAUAGUCGCCCAAGGCUGGAAUUGAACACCGCGUCUCUGGCAUUGUGAGGCAGCAGUGCUAACUGCUGAGCCAUUGUGCUGUCCUUUAUCUGAGAUCCAGCCUACAAUGGUGGUGUCAUCGGUGAACUUGUAGAUGGAGCUGGGAUGAAACUUGGUAGGGUUUAGCACCUAGCAACCUUGUGUCAUUCUGUGUAAAACUUUGACCUUCACUGAAUUCUUGUCUUUAACCUUUACUGAAGAAUAUCCAAAUGCUAUGUUUUAAUAACAAUCCUUAAAAUUCUAAUACAUCAAUUUUCCUCCCGGAUGCUGCUCAUUGCAUUGUCCUGAAGAUUAAUUUUCAAUCCCUGGAUAUUCCAGGUCAAUCCUGAAGAGUUGGCAACUUUAAAAAUCUUUGUGAGGGACAGACUCACUACUGUGUCUCUUUCUCUCUCACUGGAAUCUAUCUGAAGUUUAAUAGAAAUUCUGAGUCUCGGUGCAUUUGUUAAAGAAGUUUUGAUUUCUGACAGAGUUUUCUUGUGUUUAAUGUCCACUUCCAUGUGAAGACUUCUUGCCUUUCUUUCCCAACCUGAAUGCAGCACAAAAAGCCUUCCACACAGAAACAUCACAGAAACAGUGAGAAUUACGCUUCCCAUUUCCAUUCUCCACUCCUACUGCCAAAAUGUGGCCGCCUUACCCACUACUUACAACGAGGAAACUCAGCCUCACCUGUUUGAGCAUUUAAAGAUAGCAGACUUGGGGGUUGCAUAUGAACUAUCCCAUCUCCUCAGGAUCCUCGGCUGACCAGCAGCCUGCUGCAUCAUUUUAUUCAAAACAAGGUUGAUGUUUGUGUUAAGAACAAGCAUAACGGUUGUCAGUGCAACCUAAUUCCAUCAGUUGAACGAUAUCUUUGAGAUGGAAGACCAAUGCAAAGUCUUUGUUCCAUUUGCCUGUCUUGAAUAAGAAUGGCCGAUACAAUCAUUGGUCAUCUUCCCUUCUUCCAAAUGUAUGUAUCACUACUCUAUACAAUACUUACUGCCAUUAACAUUUUAAACAGCUUUUGCUUUCACAACUUGUCUUAGUUUUUCUGUA